GUUAGAAAAACCUCAGGGGACAUAAGUCAGCUGUUUGUGUGUGAGAAACCAAACGAGAGAAAACAGCAUUUGCACAGUAAAUAUCAAGUUUGAAGAAGAUAGCUCUAUAACCAGGAGAAAUGCCAAUAAAGGGAGGAGUGGUGUGCAUCAAGUAUUUGCUGUUUGGUUUCAAUUUUGUUUUUUGGCUUGCAGGAACGGCUGUGCUUGCUGUUGGGUUAUGGCUGCGCUUUGACUCCAAGACAAAAGCCAUCUUUGAAAUGGAUACCAACCCCACCACAUUCUACACAGGUGUCUACAUAUUGAUCGGUGCUGGGGCUCUCAUGAUGGUCGUGGGGUUCCUGGGGUGCUGUGGUGCCAUUCAGGAGUCUCCCUGCAUGCUCGGCCUGUUCUUUGCUUUCCUGCUCCUCAUAUUUGCCAUUGAAAUUGCGGCUGGAAUUUGGGGCUUUUCCAACAAAGACAAGGUUGUUGGUGAGGUAGAAACAUUCUACAAAGAGACAUAUAAAAACUACGUCUUGACCAAACAGCCAGCCUUGAAGGAAACUCUGAAGGCUUUUCAUCACGGACUGAACUGCUGUGGGAUUGGUGGAACUCUGGAGCCUGUUGUGAGGGAUACCUGCCCUGAAAAAGAUGGUGUUAUUGCAUCAUUAACUGUGCAGUCUUGUCCAGCUGCCAUUAAUGAGGUGUUCAACUCCAAGCUUCACAUCAUUGGAGGUGUUGGAAUCGGCAUCGCUGUCAUCAUGAUCUUUGGCAUGAUCUUCAGUAUGGUGCUGUGCUGUGCGAUCCGCAGGAAUAGGGAGAUGGUGUAAAUGUGUCUGCCUGUGUCGAUGCCUUGCUGUUUUGAAUGGGACGUUUUUAUAGUUUUGUUCAUUUUGCUCUAGCAGAUUUGUGUGUGUGUGUAUAUAUAUAUAUAUAUAUAUAUAUAU